AUGUCUCAGAGCAAACUUGGCCAAAGUGAAGUCAGGAUUGGUCACUCUCUGAAUGAUGGAGAGAAGCAGCAUAUUACCAGCAGGAAAGAGACUGUUUUAAAAUGCUUAAAGAGACAAGGCAUCUACUGCAGUCCGAGCACGGUACCCAAAAUUGCACUGCUGGGCUCUGGGGGAGGUGAACGGGCCAUGGUGGGAUUACUGGGAUCACUGGUUCAGCUGGAGAAAUGUGAUCUACUGGACUGCAUGCUGUAUCUGAGUGGAGUCUCAGGAUCCACAUGGUGCAUGACUUCUUUAUACAAAGAAUCAAACUGGUCCCGUAAACUGGAGGCUAUACAGAAUGCCUUCAUUAAAAGGCUGGAUAGAAGUGGCGUCAGCCUGUGGGGGCAGGUAUUUAAGUUACUGGAAUACUUCAAAAAGGACAACUGCUCGGCAACUGACACCUGGGCCGCAAUCAUUGUCUCGAACGUUAUGAGAGAGAUUAAUGAAGACACCAUAACAGAUCACAGAGACAAUCACGGCAAAGACCCAUAUCCUGUCUACACUGUGAUCGACAAACAGUGCAAAUAUGACAGACUAUCCAAAGAUGCCUGGUUUGAGAUUACACCUCAUGAAGCUGGAUACUCCCUAACUGGUGCUUUUGUGGACUCAGUCUGCUUUGGAAAUCAGUUUGAAAACGGAAAAAUAAUAAAAGAGCAGCCUGAGAUUGACAUGCUGUAUCUGCAAGGACUCUGUGGAAGUGCCCUAGCUGACAUGGAAGAGAUACUAAAGCAAAUCCGGGAGUGGACCAAACACUUCAUUAGCUAUGAGCAGUACUCCUCCCCUGGCUGCCAAGUUCUCUUAACCCUACUGGAGCUGAACAUUUGUGUUCUGAGAGAUGAAGACCCCACAAGUCUGAUUGCAACAUUGAAUGAACUGCUGAAGGGGAGGCUGGAUAAACAUGGGAAGGAGAUCUUUAUCAUGCUGCCAGCAGAAGAGAAACUGUCCAGGGAGAAAGUCAAGGAUUACACCCUGACCAUAUGCCACUUGUUCUGGAAUUGGUUUGGAGAAAUGCGUGACAAGAUAUGGAUGUCUGUUGUCCAGGCUACUGAAGAUGUUCUGCAAUGGACCUGGGGAACAACAUACAACUUCCUCCAUGGUUUGACAGUGGAAGAGGUGCACCCCUCUGUUCUGAAUGAGAAGGAGAGAUAUUAUAUAGACGCUGGACUGCUGAUCAACUCUCCCUAUUUCCCAAUGCUGAGAAAGGAGAGAGACAUCGAUCUAAUCAUCUCCCUUGACUUCAGUGCUGGAGACCCCAUGGAGACAGUGCUAAGAACUGCUGAUAUGAGCAAGGCCUUGAAGAUCCCUUUUCCAGAGGUGAAACUGCCGGAUGAUACUUCUGAGCCAGACGACUUUUACGUUUUUGAAGGUCACACAAAAGCUCCAACUGUGAUCCACAUCCCCCUUUUCAACAAAGUCAACUGUGAUGGUCAAAUAAAGGAGUGGGCAGAAAGAUUUAAAACUUUUCAAGGGCCCUACACCCAUGACAUGACCAUCGACCUGAUUAAGAAAGCGGGCGAGAAUGUGCUAAACACCAAGGAAAAAAUACUGAAACAGAUUGUGAAGCUUGUUGAGCAAAAGGAAACCAGUAAAUUGGGGAAGUAA